AUGGUGAAUCAUGAUAAAAUUCCCCUUGGUGAUAUCCUAUAUAAUGCCAUUCUUGGGAAAACCAUUGGUCAUGGUACCAAGCACAAGGGGACUCUUGUGUUCCCCUGUCUGAUUCAGCGCCUUUGUGAGAAAAAUGGGGUGGCAUUUCUUGAUUCCGAUCAGUGGCAUCCCCCCAUUGGUCCUUAUGGCAAGGCCUCUGCUGCCCUUAGCCAGAGAGUUUCCAGGACCUUUCUCACUUCUGUGUCGUCUUCCUCUGAGAAUGCCUCUCUCAGAGCUCAGCUGGCUGCCAAGGAGGAGUAUAUCCAACAUCUUUUGACCCUCAUUCCAUCCACUUCGAUUCCUGCACCUGCUGCUGCUGCUGCCACUGCAGAUCCUCAGCCUGCUUCUGCCACUGAUGAGGACUCGGAUGACUCUGUGGAUUCUGGUGGCUCUUUGAUCUUUUAG